CUUAGUUGUUUUGAUUUGGGAUCGUUAUAUAUGCAUAAAUGUAUGAGAUAAUCAAUGAGAUAUAAUUGAAUCUGAACAAGAAGAUCUGAACUUAACUAACAUUUUAGAUUUCCAAAGUAUGCGGAAAUCUCUUAAGUCUCGUUCAGAGAGUUCUACCAGUUCAUCUAUUGCCGCUGAAAGACUUGCUGAUUAUCGCGGGGGCUGCAGCAGUUCGGCUGCCGCCACAAGCUCUGGCAAUACAGCCGCGUUUGGUUCUGUUAGCCCUAAUCUUAGUCCUAAUACCCCUGAUGGUGAAAAUACCAGCACGACUAAUCAAGGAUCAAGAUCAAACUCUACAUGUUCCACUCUAAUAGGUAGAACAAACAUGUCUCAUGAUUCCAAUGAAUCAGUGCUGUGUAAUCAGCUAGAACAAUCGACGAUUUCAAGCUCUAAAGAAGCUGGCAAAGAAAAGAAAUUGAGCUCGGGUUCUUUAGGAAGAGAUGAGAAGAGUGCAGACUUUUCUGCUCGCCCAAAGCAAGUGACAGUCACUCACCCAGGAACAAAUAAAGCCAAGAGGACUUCAAAGAAAAAGGGUUCUAUCCAGGCUGAUUUGGAUGUUGCCAAAGAAUUUUUACGUUGUAAGGAAGAGGGUGCAACAAGAUUGGAUUUAAGUAAAUCUAAUAUAAGUGUUCUUCCAUCAUCAGUGCGAGAUUUAACUCAUCUGACUGAAUUUUAUUUGUAUGGCAACAAACUAACUUCAUUGCCAGCUGAAAUUGGCUGUCUGGUAAAUUUGAGAACACUGGCUUUGAGUGAGAAUUCAUUGACUAGUUUACCUGAUACCCUUGUAAACUUAAAGUCUUUGAAAGUUCUAGAUCUAAGACACAAUAAGCUCAAUGAGAUACCUGAAGUGGUGUAUAAACUUACAUCUUUAGUCACUUUAUACCUGAGGUUUAACAGAGUGCGUUAUGUUGGAGAAGAAAUUUCAAAUCUGACUAAUCUUACUAUGUUGAGCCUGCGUGAAAAUAAAAUUCAGUUCCUGCCUGCUGGUAUUGGGAAGUUAACUCAGCUGGUAACGUUUGAGGCAUCUAAUAAUCAUUUGAAGCAUUUACCUCCUGAAAUUGGAAAUUGCACACAGUUGUCAACGUUAGAUGUUCAUCACAAUGAAUUAGCAGACAUUCCUGAAACUUUGGGAAAGUUGGUAAAUCUUACCCGCCUUGGUUUAAGGUACAAUCAGUUGUCUGAAAUUCCAAAAUCUCUUAGUCAGUGUGUAAAUAUGAUGGAAUUCAAUGUCGAAAAUAAUAACAUAGCAGAAUUACCUGAAGGAUUGCUGUCCAGUCUUUCAAAUUUGACAAGUCUCACCUUAUCUCGAAACUGUUUUACAUCAUAUCCUGUUGGUGGACCUUCUCAGUUUUGUAGUGUAUAUACUGUAAAUUUAGAACAUAAUCAGAUCAGCAAAAUACCUUUUGGGAUUUUUUCACGUGCAAAAAAUUUGAACAAGUUGAACAUGAAAGAAAAUAAAAUAUCUUCCUUACCUUUGGAUAUUGGAACAUGGACAAAUAUGGUUGAGUUAAAUUUGGGUACUAACCAAUUAACAAAAAUUCCUGAUGAUAUUCAGUUGCUGCAAUCACUUGAAGUUCUCAUUUUGAGCAAUAAUUUGCUUAAACGGCUCCCUGCAACAAUUGGUAAUCUUAAAAAGCUGAGAGUCCUUGAUCUUGAAGAAAAUAAACUUGAAAGCAUCCCAAAUGAUAUUGGUUACUUAUGUGAGCUUCAAAAAUUAAUAAUUCAAAGUAAUCAAUUAACAAGUCUCCCAAGAGCCAUAGGAAGGUUGUCAAAUCUUACGUUGUUAAAUGUUGGUGAAAAUAAUCUUGCUAGUCUUCCAGAAGAAAUUGGAACACUGGAAAACUUGGAAACUCUUCUAAUAAAUGAUAAUCCUAGUCUUCAUCAUCUACCAUUUGAACUGGCUUUAUGCAAUAGCUUGCAAAUCAUGGGAAUAGAGAAUUGCCCAUUGUCUCAGAUACCACCUGACAUUGUUAAUGGUGGACCAUCAUUAGUCAUUCAAUUUCUGAAGAUGAAAGGUCCGUAUCGUUCAAUGUGACCCUCUAAACAUCCAGAAUCUGAUUGUGCUGCUGGUUUUAUGUGUUUCAAACCCUUAUUGGACCAUAUCAGAUGUCUUUGUGAAAUGUAAAAGCUUGAUUACUGAAAAAACUGAGAAAGCUCCUUCUGUGUAGUUUGCUAUCCUGCUCACAAUUGUGCUCAGUUGUAAACUUAUAUGUAUUUUUGCUGCACUGUGUAAGAGGACUUAGUGUUUAAAUGUUAAAUGUGCAUGCUAAGUGUCCUCAUAUAAAUGAGAUGUCAAGCUGCAUUCCAAAGUUCAGAUUGCAAGUCAUACAUACAUAUUGAAAUUUUAUGAAGUCCUUUUUAUAUUGUUCAUUUAUUAUAUAUUUAUAUAUACAUAUACUUAUAAUAUUUUCAUUUCUAAAAAUGUUUGCUGGAUCUCUGAAGAUACUCUGUGAAAAAUAUGCACAUUGCACUAUGUAUUUAUGUGUGUCUUUUCUGAACUAAUACCCUGGUAUAAAAAAUGGCUGGUAACUGUAUGAGUGUAUAUAUAUUUAUAUGUAUGAAUGGUGGAAUGUCUGGGCGGAGCAAAAUGAAAAAUACCAGUGGUUCGCGAGUGAAGCAAAUAUUUGAUUGUUUAGAUUGUAUACAUACAAAACAUUCUGGAAUAUUUAUGUACCGAAAUUUAGAAAACAGUCAGUGCAUGUAAUAUAUUGCAUUUGAAGACUUUUUAGCAUAGCAUUAAAGGGGACAAUAGAAUAAUUAUCACAGUUUUUGUAAUGCAUACUAACUGGGAUUGAACAAGAUGUCUUUCACUGCUGUAAAAUAUAAGUACUACUCUUGAGGGUAGUAAUUUAUUCAUGUCCAAGAUAUAUUUGGCGAUUAGAUUAUGAUACCUAUUGAGGUUCUUUUGUGUACCACAAAUUAUGUGCUUCAUACUGUGCAUAUUACAUGUUUGUGCAAAAUUCCUUGCACUUAACAUCUAUGUGAAAUUCCUUUCACUUAUCAUCUUUACAAAUGGCUGUUAUUGGUGUAUGGAUUUUUUGGAUAAAAUACUCAUGUUUUUUAAAGCUCAUUAGCAGUUUUGUAUAUUAUUCUGUGAGAGCUUUAUUCGUUAAAAAUCUCUUAAGUUUUCCGAAAUCGCAAAUUUUCUUUAAUCUUAAAAAAUUGUAAAAUCAUUUUUAUAUUGUUAUUACUAAAUGUAGUUUGACAGCAUUCUAUUAAAUGAGCUGAAAUCGAUUUCUGAAAUUUCAUCAAAAGAACACUGAAUGAGGAAGUUAUAGUUGUAUAAUUUUAGUUCCAUAUUAGAAAUAACAGUUCAAUGAUAUGAUAAAUGCAUAUGAAACAUGGCUAUAAAGUGUAACCGCACUGACUAUAUGCAGAAAUUUGUAUUUUUUAAUUGAAAAUCUUCUAACCCAGGUGCUUCAAAACUAAUGGGUAGUGUAUAUUGAGCCAAGAAUAGUGAAGUUAUUUGGAAAGCCGGUAUGGUAUUAAAAGAUUUAAGGUUUUGUAAUUAAACGUGAAGCUUCUAAAUGUUUUUUGUAUUUAUCAGUCAUAGCUAUUGCCAUGUUAAUCUUAUUUUGCUAUCUUUAAAUCAAAGUGUAAGGAUUACAAUUCCAUGAAAGGAAGUGUCUUGCGUGUUUAGCCGUACUUAAGAUUGAAUUUUAAUGCUUUUUUAAUCGUAUAUUAAACAUCAAGUCCUGUAAAUGCGCAUAUUUUAUAUUUUUUUUCCCUCGUACAAUAUUACUUUAACCCUUUUAACCCCUUGAAUUUGUUUCAGUUUUUAUUGUAAUACUAAAUACUCUUAAGUUAUCUCAAUAUCAUGGAUAAUAUGAAAUCAAUGAAUUUUUGCAUUAAAUUACUGCUCUUAAAUGUCCAAAAAAGUGUGCUCCAAAUGAAAAAAAAAAAAAAAAAAAUUGUACUCAAAGGGUUAAGAGUUAGUACUUUUCCUUUUCUCCUUCUAGCUAUAUACAAAAUCAUAAUACUUAGAUUUACGAGUACGAGGAUGUUUAGUUGAUUAUAUUGCUCUGCAGUAGAACUCUUGUCAUUCAUUUAAUGCAGAUAGGAGGUUGUGAAAUUAUUUAAAAUGAGAGUUCAUCGAUUUGGAUAUAGGUGCUCUAACAUAAAAUUUCCAUUAAUGAAGUUAUAUAAAUCGCCGAAUAUUUCUCCAUUUUCAUAACACUUUGUAUAGAUAAAAUAAUUUUCUUUCUUAAAAAUGUGGUAAAAAUAAGUCCCCCAUACUUAUCGGUAUUUCAGAUAAGAAGUGCAGGAAUGAAAUGUCCAAUGUAUAAACGAAUUGUCCUUAAUAACGCACAAAAGAGCUAAUUUGAGUUUGACAUCAUGUAGAAUCUUAUGGCAGUGGGUUGUUUGUUAAAUAUUGUCAAUUUUUCAUAAUUAGACCUAACGGUGCAUACAAUUACAUCCCAUAAUGCAUUCACAUGGAAAAAUCCUGUUGGGUUUGUCUCUUAAUGGUUGACUAUUGAUGUUAACGAGUGAAAAAGUAUGAUGUACCUCAUACACCAGCUGGGUAGCUUUUUAGCAUUUAUUUUGGUUUUUUGGGGCAUUCAGUUCUUUCAGAAAGUGUAAAAAUUGAAAUACUCUCGAUUCAAACAAAUCUUAAGCAGGGGAAGAGUAAUAUACAUUGUCAUAAUACUUAUUCUUUCAUGAUUUUAGAGGUUCUACUGUGUUGAUUUUAAGGUUUUUGCUGUAAGUGUUUAUUAGAAAUGGUAUUAACGAGAAUGUUGCAGUUUGACACCAUAGUAUACUUAUCUUUUAACAAUUAUAAAAUUUAAACAUCCCAUAAUCUCAAUUCUCUAAUUAGGGUUAAGGAUGGUUAGGAUGUUUAAGAGUUGAGUGAUGCAAUGUUAUAUCUGUGAUAAGAUGCUGAUGGGGGAAAACUCGGAAAUUAAAUAAGUCCGAUAACUAAGUUUGAUUAAUCUUUUCACAGAUUGGAUGCUCGUUUAAACGUUUAUAGUUAUGAUUCAUUUAGAUAAUGAUCUGUUUUUCUGCUUAAAGUAGUUAUAUUUAGAAUUCGUAAUGUUUCUUUUGAAAUGUUGGGCAUUCAUUUAUUAAUAUGCUGAGUUCAAUUAAUUGUUUUCUCAUUAUGGAAUGUCAUAUUAGCAUUGCUCUGUUAUGAUUAUUUAAAGUGAGUUGAUUAUUUUCAGUAAAUUGAUAUAUAAAAGAUUUUCAUAUCAUUAUGUACUUGGAUACUACGUCAUACAAAAUAAUAGUGAAAAUCUGGACGGUUGUAAGGUCUCUAUCGUCUGGUAGUAAAAGUUAGCUUGCAUGCUUUAUUUAAAGAACUGUGGGUCCAACACCUUAAUGUCUCCUUUUUUGAUAUCAAGACACGUACGGAAAUUGAAUUUUGCAAUGGAUGCGUUUGUUCUAAUGGGCAAGGAUUUUAUGGGUAAUUUAUUGUUAAUUUUCAGUCUGCCUGUGUGUGUGUGUGUUUUAAUUUUCAGAAAAAUCCAUAUUAAUUGAAAUGAUAUCUGGCAUUUCAUUUACAAGCAAUAGCUGUAUAAACUUACCUUUUUAUUAUUUUUUCCUUUGUCUUUUUUUUUUUUUUUUUCUCUAUCUUUUGAGCAAAUUUUACCUGUGAUAUGUUCUUUUUCUUAUUUCGUGGUUUUUACUUAAUUUAGUAACUGUAACUAACCGAAAACAUGACUUGCUUUACAUCUCCGCCUUUUUUAACCCAUCUUUUCAAUGUUAAGAGUAUUGGCGUUUAUCGACUUGCCCUCCCCCUGCACACAUUUAAAUUGGACGCGCAUGCUUUUUUGUAAUCAUCUUAUUCGCAAACCAAAAUUUUCGAAAAUAAUUUAAUCUUUUAGUGUUUUUCGUAUUGCUUUUUCAUAUUAACUUAUAUAUUUUAGUAGCAUCCUAUUGCUUUUUUUUUUUUUUUUUUUUUCCAGAAUUGAUUCCAGUUAAGUAUUUAACAGAAAUUCAGUACAUUCUCAAAAUACGUUAGUAGCACUAAUAUCAUUGAUUGUUUAUGACUAAACUAAUUCAUAAUUUAUACAUUUAUUAAAGAAGACUUUUCAUUUAAUAUAUUUUCUGAAUAUUCCAACUGAUAUUAGGUUAGUUUUCAAUGAAUUUUUACGUAUUUCCAUAAUAUAUGAAGUUUCAAGGGGAAACAAGAUCGAGUCUUGUCAGAAAACGUAUUGUGACGAGUUUUUAAAAUGUUUUCUGAAAGAUUAUUGCAUUCAAAACCAGAUUUUGUAAAAAGAAUUAGAAUUAUUUUCAAAAAUACUUUUUGAUUUUUACAUCUUGGAACUUUUUCCAAUGCUUUUCAAACAAAAUACUUUACGCAAUAAUUCAUUUGAUUUGUUAAGCUCUUCUUACUCGGUUGGUCCUAAAUAUUUGAAAAUUCUAAGCUGAAAGAAGCAAGUAAUAUCUAUGACAAAAUAUUUCUGUAUGAAAAAUAGGCCUUGAUUAAAUUGUAUAGCUAUUUUAUUAACAUUUGAAGUAACUUUCAUGCGAUUAAUUAAUAAAUAUCAUGCAGUUAAUUUUUAAACAAUAAAUUAAUUGCAUGAUAUUUAAUUUUUGCAACAACUCUGAAAUGUAAUUUUUACUUAAAAUUCCACUAUUGUAUUUUUUCCUAUAAACUCAAUACAUAUCAUUUUUUUUU